CGUCUCAUUUUCAUAAGUCGGUUCUUCGUUAUCUUUCUCUGUGGUUCUGUAGCUUUUUCAGUCGGUUCAUCACUAUCCUAUUUUCCCAAACCUUAGCUAACCCUUAAUUUCUUCAUUUUUCCUUUUAGAAAAAACCUCCACCUUACGUUUAUUUAGCAGAAAUUGAAGAAUUUCACUGUUUUGUUCGCUUUUUUAUAGGAUAAAAUUUAAGAUUCAGCUGUUUUUGAGUUUUAUUUAGCAUUUCCUCAUCUGGGUCUUGCUUAGUUUUUGCUAAAACAUUCUCAUUUGUGAUCGCUGAGCUGAGGUCAGUGAUUAGGUUUAGAGCUUAGCUGUCUCAAAAUGGUGGAUUUUAGUGAUAAAGUCAGUGAUCACGAGGUUGCAGAAAAUGAAGAGAUGAGUGGGCAAAAUCAAACCCCAGAAAGAGUUUUAUCAGAGAAUAGUGAAAGCCAGUUAAAGACUUGUGUUGAUUGUGGUACAACUAAAACUCCUCUUUGGAGAGGUGGACCGGCUGGACCUAAGUCAUUGUGUAAUGCAUGUGGAAUAAGGAGCAGGAAAAAGAGAAGGGCACUUUUGGGAUUGAACAAAGAAGACAAGAAACCAAAAAAAUCAAUGGGAUCUUCAAAUAAAAGUAUUAGCCAACAUCAUAAUCAGAACAACCAGAGCAGUAAUAGCAGUACAAGCAGCAGUGAGGAAAGUACAACCAGUAAUGCAGUAAAGAACAAUAAAUGUAUUCCAUUUAAAAAGAGAUUAUUGCAUUUUGGUAGAGAAGUAGCUUUACAAAGACCAAGAUCAAGCUCUACACAACACAGGAGGAAAUUGGGAGAAGAAGAACAAGCAGCUUUCUUGUUAAUGGCUCUUUCUUGUGGUUCUGUUUAUGCUUAGAAAAUGAAGAAAAUAAUUAAGGAAAAAAAAGUUGUACUCUUGGCAAUGAUUGUAGUACCUUUUAGCCUUUUUGGGUUGGUUGAUCAAGAAGGUAGGUACAUGAGUAGAAUCUUAAAUGAUAAAAAAAAGAGCUUAAUCAAGUUGAUAGCUCUUAAGAAUGUAGGGUUGAGAAUUGGCUUGUGUUUUAAUUUAAUUAAAUUUACUUGAACCUAAUUAGAGUUA